AUGGCUAUGAGGAAGAUCGACGAGUGUGUCGGGUUUAACCAUGACAUCUAUGUGCCUGAGGGUACCGGGCUCAUCGAACUCGAAGUCACCUUGGGAUCCAAUAGGCAAAUUAAGCGAAUUGACAUCAACUGCCUUCCUUAUACCGGUAACGAAGUCGGAGAAUUCGGCGGCAUCUUCACGGACGCGUCACCAUUCCAAUACCAAUUCAAUACUCCGGAGGUCAAAGGGUCUGUGACCUUUGAUCGGGAUCACCAGUCGGUUUGUGUUCUGAUCGAUGUGACUUGGAACAAUAAGAAACGGGUUGAUGUGCACUUCCCAGUUGUCGUUUUUUGCUAG